CGGCUAACAGGAGAAGCUUUUAAAAACAUGGUCGCACGUGAAGAAGCGCUUCUCACGAACUCGAGUCUUUCGGUUCGCUGUUGCGGGAUUGCAGGGGCAGAGGGAGGAGACACAUACCUACUUGAAGAGAACGACAGAAUAGAACGAAGAACUUGAGAGUCUCGACUGCGGUAUUAGCGAAGCGAACUGAAAGAAACAGAGAGGCCUGAGACAGAGUCGUCGGAAACUAGCGUAGUUGCCGUUAGUUCUGGAGGAAAAAAUAACUCGCUUUUGUGUAUCUGUAGCGGGGAAAGUAGUUCCACGUUAGCCUUCAAGGCCUACUACGCAACGCAUGUCUUCCGACCUGUCGCGCCUCUACUCGAGUUCGACACUUCUAGGGGUCUUUGCACGAAAAAUAAAACGCACAGUCCAUUUCUGAAAAGAGAAACCCGUUUGACAGUAUGAAUUCUGAAACGCUGAAUUCUCUCCCUCACAUUCACACCAUACUGUCUGAGUUUUCCUCCUCCCUUCGACAACUUUAACUCGCCCUGCCAUUCUACGCGACUCCGACGCCAGCGCUUCUGCAGGGCUGCUUUCUUCUGUCUGUUACGUUUACUUCGUUUCCACGUUUUCUGGCCACAAGAGUAGGAGGCGCUCGACGCAGUUCUGUGUUCCCAAGCACUGUUUCCUUUUUUCCUGGCGCUCCUUUUAGCCACGUUUCUUUUGUCCGUUGCUUUGCUGUCCUCGUCUCCCAGUGAGUGGGGGGCUUUCCCCCAGUUGUCUGCGUCGCCUCUCCCCCAAAAUCUUCUUUGUUCCUGGUCUGUCUCCCUCGCCCUCCUGCCGCAUGGUUCUUCUCUAGUUUGCCGUGUCCUUCACCUACAACUGUUUGCAACGUAGCCAACAUCUAGGCUGUUGGUACUAUGUUCGAAUUCCCGUAGCUCAGGUUGCAGCUAAGCAGGUCUGCGCCCCCUCUGUCUGUUCUUUGGAUUUUCUUUCUCGGAGACUUCACUCCAUUUUUUCCCAAUGCUUCGACUUCGGCCCGUUUUACGGCUCCCGAGAGCGCCACGGCUCUCCGGGAUAAAAAGCAAUUCUCGUGAAGGAUCUUCCAGAUCUCAGUUUCUUUCCGUGUCAGCCACAGGAGACUGCGCUCCCCCUCUCAUCUUCCCUGCCUCCCAGGCGACGUCUCUAACUCCUGCCUCCUCUUUCUUCUGCUUCAGUUGUCCCUCCCCUCCCCGUUCUCUCUCAGCUCGUACCUCCGUCUCUUCUUCUUCUGCACCCUCAACAGGCGACCCCUCAUCGUCAUUCCCUCUGUUGUCUCGCCUGCCGACUGUCUCCCCGUCCUCAGCGCUGCGAACGCCACCUCUAAACCGAAGACGUCCACCCGCAAUUCGUUCACAGGCACGGACUCCGCUUCCUUCUUGUAGGGGCUCGUCUCCGCUCGCUUCCUUCUCUCCGUCCGACGUCUCUGCUCCACGGCUCUUCUCUUCCUCGUCCCUAGCUUCCCCGUCUUUCUCCCCUCUCUCUCUGCCCUCCCGAUGUUUCUUCUCCCUCAGAAGUGUGUUCGGCGAGCAGGCGGCACCGCAGCCUCGGCAGCAGGGAGAGACAGUGUCUCACGUUCAGUCAGGCCUCGACUCCAAGGUGGACAAGGCAACGCCUCAAACCCUGUCAGGAGCUACCAGUUCCGGUCCUGAAGCGGAAGAUGGCGCUUCUUCAGAAGCGUCAUCUUCCUCCGGUGGGGGCAACGCCUCCAGUACCUCUUCCGAUACGUUGUCUGGUGGUUCUCGUUCUUCCUCCAUUUCUGGAACUGCCGUUCCGGUGGAUGCGGCAAACGUUGAAAAAGGCGCAGAUGGUGGAGAGCAAGUCGAUCCAGGAUCUCUCUUUGUUGAACCUCCAGAAUUCACAGGACCCUCUGACGGGUCGUAUGCGGCCGUGCUCUACGAGCGCAUUAAAGAUCACACUGACUCGUGGCUCUCCAACGGCUCCGCUGUCAACUGCGCCUCUGACUGGCUGCUCCUCGCCAAAGACUCCCUGGGUUUGCCUUGGGCAAUGGCGUUGCCUAUUAUAGGUUGCUCCUUACGACUCCUUACGCUUCCCUUCGCUAUCGCCGCUGAACGAGAUAUUCGACUGAGGGGUUUGCACGGCGCAGAGUUCAUGGAGCUGAACAAGAUGCUAAAGGAGAAGCAGAAAGUUGGGCUGGGGUCCCCGGAGUUUCUAAAGGAACGCGAGAAGGUGAAGAAGUUCAUCGACGCGCACAACCUUUCCGUUUUCCCCAUGUCGUCCGUACAAAUGCUAUUCAUUGGUCUUACCAUCAGUCUUUUCUCCUAUGCACUUCGGAACAUGGCUGUUCGCGUUGACGAGUUCCCUGCAUUCAUCGCCGAACAUCCUGGCUGGUUUGAAACGCUCGCGUUGCCCGAUCCUACGCUCGCAACAACCUUUCUGACCAUCUUUGGAGGACUUUCCAUCCUUAUUGCAGGCUGGAUGGUCUCCGAUAAAUUGAAAAAGUUCAGCCCCAUCAAAACGACAGGGCCGUUGAGCCCUGCUACAGCACGCAUUUUACCCUCGGUGUUCAUUGUCGCCUACGCCACGUUUAUGGGGACAGCAUUCCCAGGGGGUCUUGUCCUCCUCCUUCUUCCUGCUGCAUUUCUUCAAAUUAUUCUUGCUCGGGUGUUCCGCCUUCGCUCCGUCACACGAGCGCUCAACUUCGUCCCCGACUCUGCAAAGCCCCUACACGCCGUGCAUGCAGACAUUCUGCGUCAGCGAGUCCCUGAGCUGGUGAAGGAAUGGGAGAAACUUGCUGCGGCAAAGAACAUUUCUCCUCGCAAGAUGGGGAAGGGCAUCGUUGCGUUGUGGAAAGAAAAGUGUAUGGAUCCGAAAUUCCAGUCUCUCCUGAAGAACAGCAAGCAACAGAGAGACUUUCGAGGGCGGGAGGGAGGUGCAGCGCGUCCGUCAACGAUGCUGCGUCCGAACGCCGGGUUCCAGAGAGACUAUUUUUGAUCUGUGGCCCUCACUUCAUAGAACGCCGGUGGCCAGACGGCGGAGGAGGGCGCAUGAUAGAGCUUCUUUUGCUGAGCAUGGCCCGACGAAACGCGAGGAGUCAAAGCAGAGGAAAAGGGAAAAGCAGGCACUCAACAAUGCUACAAAGGGACGCCUGGAAGCAUAGAUGACAGAGGCAGGAGACAGGAAGGAGCUAAACAAGCCAGAGAGGAUAACCGAGCAAGAGCGUAAAACUCAUCAAAGGUAGUCUAGCCAAACAACAAAUCCGUUGUCAUAGCAACGCGCUCAACUGCACAAGGGAGAUUGCGUGCCACGUCAGAGCGUUGCUGCUGGCCGUGCAUGGAUCAACUAGUAUCAACUCUGGUUUUCCCUCUUGUUUUUUUCUGCGUCGUGUUGCAAGGGCGAAACGUGUCUCCCUUGGCACGGUUUCCCCGAAUCAGCUAGUGUCCGGAGAAUAUAACAGAAGCCUCUUGCUAUGAGGGUGUAUGACGUUGACUCGUUUGCAGCCUCUCACUUUUGCUGUAACGUGUGUUGUUCCGUAGACGUGUCUUGUGACCGUCGCAGUGUAUUUUUCAUCCAUCCAACAUAUCAAUGGAUGUACAUACGAGUAACAGUUUUCGUAACGAUUUCGGUGCGCAACAGGAGAAUUGGCUGUUGCACUAGCUUGUAGGUGGGAGGAAGGGACGGCCUCGAUCAACUACCUCCGUUCCUCAAGCUGACACAGAACAUCUGCGACACGGUCACAAAACUGUCAACGAAAGCACUGGUGGCCAUCCUGCCACCUAACGGCGGACGC